CGUCAGUCACAAGUCUGCCUGCUACUGGUGGACGGCUGUGGUGGGCACUCCUACUGUAUUUUGGAACUCAAAAGCUUGAACGCGCAUAUUCCAACUGCACAGUGCUUUGUCAAGGUGCCCUGAAAGCAGUGGGUACGCACUUACCGAUCUACAGUUUCCGCGGGCCAGCGCUGAGAUUCACCAUUCCCCACAGAGGUCCACGAGAUGUCACAACCUACUUCAUUACAUUAGUAGCAGAUUACCUACACCUGACUUCUUGGCGCCGACAUUUGUGUGCACAUGUGUUCCGUAUGGAACCAUCAGGAUGACUGUUUAGAAUAGUUUGAUCGCAUAUAGAAACGUAGGUUAUCAGAACAUCUUCUCGACGAGUCGGUCCGGGACAUCUCUUGCGGCAGUGCGUGUAGGUGCUUGAGACCGAGAAGCACCCGCUCUAGCCCGCAGGAGAUUAUGUGGGGGCGCUUUCUGACCUCUACUGCAUCUUCUCGGUUCUUCUUGUGCAUUUCGCCGCUGAGAGGAUAGCCGUGUCCCGUUGAGGAUGCCUAACAGGCUGAAGACGCAGUCCUGAAGAUUGAUGGAGGGCCAUGCUAUUCAAACAGCAGGCGUUGCUGAGACAGAAGCUCUUUGUGCUGGGCAGCCUUGCUAUCGGGAGUCUCCUCUAUCUAGUGGCCAGGGUUGGGAGCUUGGAUAGGCUGCAGCCUAUUUGCCCCAUAGAGAGCAGACUGGGCCCUCUUCACCUGCCGGAGCAGAUCCCUCUCCGGACCCUGCAGUAUAAGCGUGGUCUGCUCCACGAGCUCCGCAAGGGCAAUGCCACCAAAGAGCAGAUCCGCCUGCACAACCUGGUGCAGCAGCUGCCCCGGGCCAUCAUUAUCGGGGUGCGCAAGGGGGGCACGCGCGCCCUGCUGGAGAUGCUCAACCUGCACCCGGCGGUGGUCAAGGCCUCGCAGGAGAUCCACUUCUUUGACAACGACCAGAACUAUGCCCGGGGCAUCGACUGGUACCGGGAGAAGAUGCCAUUCUCCUUCCCCCAUCAGAUCACCAUUGAGAAGAGCCCCGCCUACUUCAUCACAGAGGAGGUCCCCGAACGCAUCUUCAAGAUGAACUCCUCCAUCAAGCUGCUGAUCAUCGUGCGCGAGCCCACCACCAGAGCUGUGUCCGACUACACACAGGUGCUGGAGGGCAAGGAGCGCAAGAACAAGACCUACCACAAGUUUGAGAAGCUGGCCAUUGACGGAAACACGUGUGAGGUGAACACAAAGUAUAAGGCGGUACGGACCAGCAUUUACACCAAGCACUUGGAGCGCUGGCUGAAGUACUUCCCCGUGGAACAAUUCCACAUUGUGGACGGGGACCGUCUGAUCACAGACCCGUUGCCAGAGCUGCAGCUCGUCGAGCGCUUCCUCAACCUACCGUCCAGGAUCAGCCACUAUAAUCUGUACUUCAAUGCCACCAGGGGAUUCUACUGCCUGCGAUUUAACAUUGUCUUCAACAAGUGCCUGGCAGGCAGCAAGGGGCGCAUCCACCCUGAGGUGGACCCUUCGGUCGUGGCCAAACUGAGGAAGUUCUUCCACCCCUUCAAUCAGAAGUUUUAUCAGAUCACUGGCAGGACAUUCAACUGGCCCUGAGAAACGAAGGGAAGGUCUAUAUAAAUGUGUUAACUAAUGUUGUUCUGUUGACAUUUUGAAGAUGUCAACCUCAAAAAUAUUAAAGGAUAUUAAAAAGCACUUUGAUUGAAUUUAACACCUAUGAGAAUGACAAUGUGACCAAAUAUGUAACAGAAUCAAUGUAUGUUUGUUUGUAAAUAUGUAAGGGGGGGCGGAGGAAAAAUGGUUUGUGAGUUACAAAACAAUUCAGUUUAUUGCGCCUGAUCUUCAUGUGUAAUAGUUCACCUGUUUGACACUUUUCCCCAUUUAUAAACUCGUAAUUUUGCCAUCCUCGCUCACAGUUUGACAUUUAUUGGGACGAGUCUUGUCCUUGAGGCAGAACUGAACGAUUUCCGCUAGAUGGGCCAGUUGCAAAGUCAAAAUUCGCUAUAUUGUAAAAAUUAUUUAUUUAAGAUUAGGAUUAGCAGUGUGGUUAGGGUUAAGGUUAGAUUUAAAAUCUGAUUUUAUGGCUUUGUGGCUGUGCCAGCUAGUGACCACUCUGCAGAGCUGCCUCCAGAACAGGUUUCAUGACAAGAAAAAACACGACGAAGACGUAAGCCAACAUGUUCUUACCGUUCUGAAUGUGAUAGUCAUGCAUUUAUUUCCCUCUCAUUCAGAUGUUGUUUCAUAUGUGCAAUGAACAUUGUUUUUUUUUAUGUAUUCCGGUAUCAUUCUUUAAACAUUAUUCCAGCAUCAUUCAUUAAACCUUUAUUUGUUUCUAUGUUGUUUUUAGAUUUAUUAAUGUUCUCCACUACCAUGAAGCGCUUGUAUCUGCAAUAUAACUCAGAAAUCUAGGAGAUUGUCAAGAGGGAAUAGGAGCAUAGCAUUUCUCACCAAAUUCUGACUCGGAUAAAAAAAUAAUUGGUCUUGUAUGUCAAGCAUUUAAAUGUUGCAUAAGGGAUUUGAGGGGUAACUUUGUCCCCCCCAGUAUGAAAUUGUUUGUCAUUGCCCUUGGCCAAAAGCCAUUGUAAAAAGUUAUUUGUUAGUUACUGUCAAACCAUCUAAUGCUUAUUCUACUACAAUUACCAGAUUUGUUUUAUGUGCAAAUAGCCACUCUGUAUCAUAAGUGUAUUGUUCUGUAACAAAAAAAAAAGGAUUUCAUUAAAAUAACAU